AUGCCUAUUCAUGUUGCUGUUCGUGCAAGACCGUUGUUCUCCACCGAAAAGCGCUCUUGUGAGCUUGUCAGCGAGGGCAGGCAGAUAGGACUGGCAUAUAAUGGAGCCAAACUACUGUUUGGUAUUCCCCAGUUAUUCAGCGAAGAAGUUACUAAUGGAGAGGUAGCUGACUCUAUUUUACCACCUGUGAUUGAUAAGGCCAUCGGCGGAUGCAUAUCUGCUGUUAUUGCUUAUGGCCAGACAAACUCUGGCAAAACAUAUACCAUUCUGGGAGAUGAGCAUCUUUUUCUGAGCGAUACUCGGCGCAAACGAGGGUUCUCUGCCAAGAAAAGCUCCCCCAUUGAGCCAGGGAAUGAUUGGGACCCUACUCUGCUCCAGUCUAACAAAGAAGGACUCAUCAUACAGGGUUUGCGUCGCAUUUAUAACCUCGGCUUCAUGGUAAAGUUAAGCUUCCUUGAAGUCUAUUGCGAAAGACUCUAUGACUUGCAAACUAGCAAUACUCCCUAUUCAGUCAUGAUCGACCACAGUAGCAAUCCUGAUAGGAGUUUCUACCACACCUCUUCUUUCUCUUCACUACUAGCUCAGCUUAAUACGGGCUCCAUGCCCCAGCUUCAACAAACAACAGGUACCUUCAAAAAUCUCACCGAGACUGUUUGCGACACACUGCAGCAGGCAUUCUCCUGUCUUAAAAGUGCCUGCAAGCAGCGGAUGACGGCGUCGACGGUCCGUAACGACGUUUCGUCGCGCUCCCACUUUCUCGCCAUUAUCACAAUUCUUUGCAAACCCCCCAAUCUUGCUGGCGGCUACUCUCCUCUAGGGAAAAUUUAUUUUUGUGAUCUAGCGGGCUCUGAGCGGUUCAAUGCCUUUGGAGCCGUUGGAUCCUCUGUCAUACAUUCACCCGGUCAUAAGGCCAGAGAAGAACGACGUUUGGCAGAGGGCAUAGACAUAAAUAAGAGCCUUCUUACUCUCCGUAAAGUAUUGGAAGACUUAGCCUCCCGUAAGAACCACGUCCCCUACAGAGCCUCCAUGCUCACGAAAAUUCUUCGCACACCAUUUGAGAAUGGAUAUGUUACCUUUCUUGCCACUGUCAACGCAUCUAACACCACGGAGACUAAGCGGACCUUAGACUAUGCAUGCAUAACGAGACGCAUCACAUUCACUAAGGCUCAAUCCGUCGCCUCAAAGACAUAUCAGAAUACGAACUGCAUUUGCCAAGACUGCCUCAGAAGGGUAUUUCGCGGCUCUUUUGGCGCAGAAAGAUAUCCCUCCAUUCUGUUUUGUAAGUUCUGUGGAAACGAAAUAGGCACCUUGUCAGAGACCGAUGAGUCUUUUUGUCACAAGAGAGAAUCGGACAGUGCCAGUGAAGGUGCAUCUGUACCAGAUGGGGUGGAGUCUCUUAGAGUCAAGGGCACUCCGCGUCAUACCUUGGAGAACAUAUCUGGACGCGCUUGCGCACAGUGUGAUCCUGUCAGCUUUUCAGCGGUUCAUAACCUGAAUAGGAAUAUACUUACAUCUAAUCGUUUGAAUCAAGAGGCUUAUAGACCGCUUGCAGCCGAUGACAGUGCAACUGGUAGUAGUGGCGACAAAUCUGAACCUUGUUGGACAAGCAGCAAAGUGGAAAGUACCACCUCAGAUGGUGUCCGAGUGCGGCCGAUUUCUGCCAUAGACAUUGUCACCCAAGAGAUUCAGCCCGUUGAUCCGUCUGCCCAACUUAUCUCUGUUGCGUCACUGUUGUAUGGCUUGGAUGCCCAGAUAGGAGACCAGGCCAGAGAGGCACCAGCUGUCGAGGAUCGCGGACCCAAUGCUGUAGAAACGUCAAUGCAAACUGAUUCACCAAGGAAUGAUGUCUCCGAUGGGCAACUCGAGAGAGAAGACAGAGACGACUCGCCUAGUAUCUGGAGCAUCUAUGAGUCCUCUUUACGCAAAACACAGAUACAUCUUCCUCUUGGAGUGGCGAAAGGAAUGCAGCUCCACAAGUCAUUUCCUGACGUAUCGUCCAAAGAGUAUACUAAGCCCUUGGCCAAAGAGUCCUCACAUAAUGUCUUGGAUAUGCUUGAGGAAUCUAAUAUUCUUCUCCGUAAGUCGUCGCUAAAUCUGUCAACGAUGGACAAAACAAACAAGAAAACAAAUACAACGUAUCUGAUAGCCGUUGUUUGCAAUGAAAUACUGGAAACAAAAGGAUUUGAGCUGAACACACUGGCCCAUAGCACAUUGUGCUUAGAUACGUUUUACACCAUAUUGGCGCGCCUUAUAUGCUUGGGAAACCCUAAGUAUAGGAGUAUCCAGGUAGAAGAUUCCACCGAUUACAAGGUUCUUGUCUAUAAAUUAAAAAAGGAGUCAACGCUAACCUCCUAUAACUAUGAACAACUAAGAAUGGAUGCUUUUUCAGAGGCUUACUGCCAGGUAGAUACCUGUUUUGAGAUGUUUAUGUUGACACUAAGAAAGGCAGAACAAGGAAGCAUCCCAGAGGAAGCAAUGAAGGAAGUUAUUCUGAUGGCCUCUGAGGCCCUGAUAUCUAACCUUGUCAGGAUAGUGUCUAGUGCGAUCUAUGAAUGCUUCGCUGCGCUACUAGAGGAGGUUGAUGGGCAUCUGUCUCUAUCUGCACUGAGCCAGAGAAGCAAAGUGUCCUCAGAUCUUCAGGGAGAGUUUGAAGCAGCAACCUUUGACUCUACAUCUACCAAUAAUAUUAUAAGCUCGUUUCUAACACAAGUUAAGUAG